AUGGUGGAUGAUGACUUUUGCAACACCAAACUUGCCCUCGGAAUUGGUACUUCUUCCGGCAAUUCACUGCCUAAGCCAGACAAGCGUGCCUUGUCAUUGGACCUGUCCUUGGUUGACGAAGGACAAUCUAGCAGAAAUAGCGAGGACAAUGGCGGUGAAAGCAGAAAGAAGUUGAGGCUCUCUAAGGAGCAAACAGCUGUUCUAGAAGAUAGUUUCAAAAAGCACACCACUCUCAACACUCAUGUUACUAAAUUUCUUAAGGUGAAAAGAAUUGCGAUUAAAUGUAGAGAGAAAUAUAUGAUCAGGAGAGACCAGAUCACAUCAUUAGAAGAUGCUCAGAAAAUUGAGCUGGCUGCCAGGUUAGGUUUGAAACCUCGGCAAGUUGAGGUGUGGUUCCAAAACAGGAGGGCCAGAACAAAACUGAAGCAAACAGAAACUGAUUGCGAGCUAUGGAAGAACCAUUGCGACAAUCUGAGAGAGGAAAAUGGCAAGUUGAAGAAAGAAAUUGACGAUUUGAAAGCCUUAAGGGCAGCAUUUUAUGCACAAAUAACAAACUGCGUGGGGAUCUCAGUGUGUCCGUCGUGCAAAAAAGUGCAAGGAGUUGCCACUAAGGGGAGUAGCAGUGGCGAUGGGAAGCAUGAAAGAAAUGCAACAGCCGCUGCAGCCUCCGGGGACGUGGUCCAGAGCCCUAAGUACAAGCAUAGCGGCUUGAAAAUUCGGGGUUAA